AUGACGGAUGCGCACCGUCCCGAACCGCUGCCAGCGAAGGGGCGUGAGGACGCCACGGCUGAGGUCAACGUCGACAACCUCUACAGCCCGCACGAUGUCUGCGAAGGCGCAGUGGAGUACGUCCUGCGCAACGUAAAUACGGUGCAGUACAUGAUCAAGAGCAUCGAAGAGAUCGCUGGGGCUCCGUUUCGGCGCGAUCGCAUCAAGUGUCUUCCACUGGUGCCGCACAGUGAGGCUGCGCACGACGCACACGGCCUGACGCCUGAUCGCGUGUUGGCGGGGUACAUGUGGCGUAGUGCUCGCGCGGAUUGCAAAGCAAAGGAUGUGGUACUGUUAGAGGACCACAUUAUCCGUCUCUUUAACACGAAGCACGCCGAGGCGUUUCUUAAGAAGAAAGACAGCGCACCAACUUCGUCGUCGUCAUCAUCGUCGUCCAACCCGCUUGCUCAGACACCGCUGUCCUCGUCUUCUCAGUUGCUGCAGCAGCUGCUCGUCGCGUCUCAGCAGCCCGUGCUACACCAGGUGGAGCGCAACCUCCGCCACGAGCUCAUCCACGCCUUUGACGACGCACGCGGCACUGUCGAAAGCGCCGACUGCCUGCAUCAAGCCUGCAGCGAAAUUCGCGCUGCUCGCCUGAGCGGGGACUGCUUUGUGGGCCAAGAAAUGCGCAAGGGCCGCUUUAACUUUUUCGAAGGGGGCCAGAAAUGCGUGCAUCGGCGUGCCGUGAUGGCGGUGGAGCGCAACCCGGUCUGCCGCGGCUUCUCGCAGCGUGCGGUGGAUACGGUCAUGGCAAAGUGUUACUCGGACUACGAGCCGUUCGCCGCACCUGUGUACUCUCUCGGCAGUUACGGUGAUACGCAAUUCCCCAACGGGACACUAAAGUUGUGA